AUGGCCUCGAUGAAAAAGAUAAACUUCAUCACCGGCAACAAAAACAAGCUAGCAGAAGUGAAAGCGAUAUUAGGGACUGUGAUCGACGUUGAAAAUCAAGCAGUUGACCUUCCUGAGAUACAGGGCACGAUAGAAGAGAUUGCCCGGGAGAAAUGUCGACGUGCAGCAGAAGUGGUCGGAGGCCCGGUGUUGACGGAAGAUACUGCACUUGAGUUCCACGCUCUUAACGGACUGCCUGGCCCAUACAUCAAAUCAUUCCUCGAUGCCCUAGGCCAUGAAGGCCUGAAUAAAUUGCUUGACUCGUUUGAGACCAGAGCCGCGGAGGCUGUCUGCACCUUUGCCUUUUCCAGCGGACCCGGUUCGGAUCCAAUCUUAUUCCAGGGUAGAACUGAGGGAGCUAUCGUGAGACCAAGAGGUCCUGCGAAUUUUGGUUGGGAUCCGAUUUUCGAGUAUCGCGGCAAGACUUACGCUGAAAUGGACAAAGAGGAGAAGAACCUCAUCUCACACAGAUAUAAAGCCCUGGUCAAGUUGCAAGAUUGGCUGGCCGACAGACGUGAUUGA